GCAGCAAAUAAUUACAAAAAGAAAAUAGAAAACAAAAUUAAUCAGAGCAAAACAAAACUCACCACUCACCGCCACACAGUAUCUCACCAACUUUACACUUCCUCAAACCAAAAAAAAAAAGGAGAGAGAGAGAGAGAGAGAGAGAGAGAGAGAGAGAGUUAUCUUCUUCGCUUUUAGCUUUAGGUAGUCACGGAGAGAGAUAACUUAGCUCAGAAGAGAGAGAGAGUUAGAGAGAGAGAGAUGGAGAGAAGGGUUUUGGUGGUGAGUUGUGUGGUGGGAGUUCUGGGGCUAUUAUCAGCCGCUACAGGAUUUGGAGCUGAGGGUACCAGGAUUAAGGGUUCUCAAGUUCAGUUCAUCUCUAAUACUCAAUGUGCAUAUCCCCGGAGUCCAGCAAUGGCUCUCGGCUUAACUGCAGCCGCAGCCCUAAUGAUAGCUCAAGUGAUUAUAAAUGGUUCAACAGGGUGUAUUUGCUGCAAAAGGACCACCCAACCUCUCAACUCUAAUUGGAAAAUAGCACUUGUGUGCUUUGUUGUUUCCUGGUUCACAUUCGUAAUAGCAUUUCUUUUGCUGCUCACCGGCGCUGCUCUCAACGAUCAACAUGGCUUAGAGAGCAUGUACUUUGGCAACUAUUAUUGUUAUGUAGUUAAACCCGGAGUGUUUGCUGGUGGUGCCGUUCUGUCUCUUGUGAGCGUGACACUCGCGAUCCUCUAUUAUCUGACCUUCAAUUCAGCGAAAAGUGGUACCAAUUCGUGGGGCAUUUCGGCUCCUAAUCAAGGGCCAAGUAUAGCUAUGGGACAGCCUCAGUUUCCACCACAGAACCCUCAGGACCCAGUUUUUGUACAUGAAGACACGUACAUGAGAAGACAGUUCACCUAAACUGAUUCCUCACUAGUUUGCCUCCGAAAUGCCUCUCUCAGUGAUCGCAGACCGACACCGCGCUCUGAUCGUAUUUUGGUAUAAAAUAUCUUCUUCAGCCAUAUUGGUUUGGAUUUCUUGAUUAGCAUUUUGGUUUUGAAAUGACCCUUUUGUUUAUAAGUAAAGUUAGUCACUAAUGUAUAUUUAUUUAUCUUAAACAUAAUGGGGUUUUCUUCUAUAUGAACUGGGUUAGUGAUAGUUUCACCAUAUACGAACUCUGUCACAUAUCAUUGUUGAUUAUCCAGAGAUUAUUAAUUUAUUAUUUUAUCAUCUAUAAAUUCUCUGUUCUUUUCA